GGACCAUUGCUGGAAUCUCAUCCGCUUGGAAAGAUGCCGCUGGCUCAGCUGGCAGACCCGUGGCAGAAAGUGCCGGUGCAGAAAGUGGAAAGCGAGAACGGGCAGCAGUUUGCAGAUGAAUCCAUGUGUGAGGAGGACAAUGAGAACAAUGAUGAAGGAAAUAUAAACGAAAUUGCAAUCACACACCAUGUUAAAGAAGGCCAUGAAAAGGCAGAUCCUUCACAGUUUGAACUUCUAAAGGUUCUUGGGCAAGGCUCCUUUGGCAAGGUAUUUCUGGUGCGUAAAAUCUCAGGAACAGAUGCUGGGCAAUUAUAUGCAAUGAAAGUAUUAAAAAAGGCAACACUUAAAGUCCGAGAUCGUGUCAGAACAAAAAUGGAGCGUGAUAUUUUGGUGGAAGUUAAUCAUCCGUUUAUUGUGAAAUUGCACUAUGCUUUCCAAACAGAGGGCAAGCUGUACCUAAUUUUGGAUUUUCUCAGGGGUGGAGAUUUGUUUACACGCUUAUCCAAAGAGGUAAUGUUCACAGAAGAAGAUGUGAAAUAUUACUUGGCUGAAUUGGCACUAGCCUUAGACCAUCUUCAUUCUCUUGGAAUCAUUUAUCGAGACCUAAAACCGGAAAACAUAUUACUUGAUGAAGAAGGCCACAUUAAAUUAACCGAUUUUGGCCUUAGUAAGGAGUCUAUAGACCAUGAAAAAAAAGCAUAUUCUUUCUGUGGAACGGUGGAAUACAUGGCUCCAGAGGUAGUAAAUCGGCGAGGCCACACUCAGAGCGCAGACUGGUGGUCUUUUGGUGUUCUAAUGUUUGAAAUGCUCACUGGUACCCUACCCUUUCAAGGAAAGGACAGAAAAGAAACCAUGACCAUGAUUCUGAAAGCCAAACUCGGGAUGCCUCAGUUUUUAACUCCUGAAGCUCAGAGUCUUCUGCGCAUGCUGUUUAAGAGAAAUCCUACUAAUAGACUAGGUGCUGGUCCAGAUGGAGUUGAAGAGAUUAAGAGACACCCUUUUUUUGUAACAAUUGAUUGGAAUAAAUUGUUUAGGAGAGAGAUUCAGCCACCUUUUAAACCAGCCACUGGUGGACCCGAAGACACAUUUUAUUUUGAUCCUGAAUUCACAGCAAAAACGCCAAAAGAUUCUCCUGGUAUCCCAGCAAGUGCCAACGCACACCAGCUCUUCCGUGGAUUUAGCUUUGUUGCCAUUUCAUCUGAAGACGAAAACCAAGCUAUGCAAACGGUUGGGGUUCAUGCUAUUGUUCCACUUCAUAGGAACAGCAUCCAGUUCACAGAUGGCUACGAACUAAAGGAAGAUAUUGGGGUGGGUUCCUAUUCUAUUUGCAAAAGGUGUAUUCACAAGGGCACCAACAUGGAAUAUGCGGUAAAGAUUAUUGACAAGAGCAAGAGAGAUCCCACUGAGGAAAUCGAAAUACUGUUGCGAUAUGGGCAGCAUCCCAAUAUCAUUACGUUAAAAGAUGUGUAUGAUGAUGGAAAAUAUGUGUAUUUAGUAACGGAACUUAUGAAAGGAGGGGAACUUUUAGAUAAAAUACUGCGGCAAAAGUUCUUCUCCGAGCGUGAGGCAAGUGCAGUGCUGCACACGAUAACCAAAACCGCAGAAUACCUCCAUUCCCAGUGGGUCGUCCACAGGGAUCUCAAGCCAAGCAAUAUUCUUUAUGUGGAUGAGUCUGGGAACCCUGAGUCUAUUAGAAUUUGUGACUUCGGCUUUGCAAAGCAACUCAGGGCAGAAAAUGGUUUGCUUAUGACUCCAUGCUACACUGCAAAUUUUGUGGCCCCUGAGGUGUUAAAGCGUCAAGGCUAUGAUGCAGCAUGUGACAUAUGGAGUCUGGGUGUGCUGCUUUAUACUAUGCUGACAGGAUACACUCCUUUUGCAAACGGGCCAGAAGAUACACCAGAAGAAAUCCUAGCAAGAAUAGGAAGUGGAAAGUUCUCUCUUAGUGGCGGCUAUUGGAAUUCUGUUUCAGAUAUCGCCAAGGACCUAGUUUCAAAGAUGCUUCAUGUGGAUCCACAUCAACGAUUAACUGCAGCCCAGGUCCUUAAACACCCCUGGAUAGUACACUGUGACCAGCUGCCUCAGUUUCAGCUGAACAGACAAGAUGCUCCACAUCUAGUAAAGGGAGCCAUGGCAGCAACUUAUUCUGCCUUGAACCUUAAUCCAAUGUCUCCAGUACUGGCACCUGUUGGUCGUUCUACUCUGGCUCAGAGGAGGGGAGUAAAGAAGAUUACCUCCACUGCCCUGUGAAAGUCACGUCAUCUAGUAAGAGCAACCUGGAGCUGAAGAUUCACAGCACAAUAAAAAGCCAACAGUGAAAGCACAUAUCAUAAAGACACUCCGGCAAGCAAAUGCUCACCGUCUCUGCCGGCUCUCAUAAUCAAUGCUGCUGCUUUUGUCUCUGUUCUCAGUAAGUUCUGUGCCGGGGACUUUCGUCUCUAAAAUGGAACUGUCCUUUGGUGAAUGCAACAGAUUAUUCACCUCUGCAACUGAAGAAUACACUGAAAAUGAAACAAACCAAUAAAUCUCAACGCUGAACAGCAUUCGUUUUAUAAGAAGUAUUUGUAGUCCUCCAACGUAACAGGUUCUAGGUUCACUUUUUUUUAUUUGAGCACUUGCAUACUCUCGACUCUUUUGUUCCUUAAAUUGAUUUAUACAACAUGCCACUCAGCCUUCUGCACUUGCUUCUGGCAGAUUCAACUUUCAAGUGAAACUUCUUGCCAAUAUACAUCUGUUUUUUUGUUUUUUUUUUAUUCUUAUUAGAUUGAUCAUCUUUGCCUUGUCUUAAUACACAAUAAGAUAUAGUCAUGGAAUGAUUGUGUGGACUUGUCUGUAAAAGAAAAGAACUACAACUGUGGAAUUUCUCAUGAAUGUAUCACGACCUAGAUCAGCAACGAGAAGCGACUCCCGCAUGUAACUGCGGGAAGACUGCCAGAAUAGCUUUCAAACUGCAAUAAGUUCAAGCAUUAUGCCUCCAGCAAGCAGUACUAGGUGUAUAUUUGACUUUAUUAUGUGUCUUUUUGGGAUUGUAGAUCAGUAACCUUCCACUUUCAGACUUUGCUUCUUUGCUUUUAUUUUAUUUUUUACGGUUUCUUGGAUUGAAAAUGAUGCAUACAACCAUAAAUAUAUAUAAAUAUA